CCACACAAAAACAUGUUUUUAAUUGUUUGUAACAAUUAAAAUAUCAUAAAUCUAAAAGCUGCCACCAAGUAGAAAAUGUAGAAUCGUCGAAAAAAGCACAGCGCACAGAAAAACUUGAAAGGAAACAAAAAAAAAAAACAGAGAGAGAGAGAAACAAACGCGAAGAUGGCUUCGACUCCGAAGCUCACUACUACGAUUUCGUCUUCUCCAUCUAUUCAAAUCCUCUGCAGAAAACUCCCAAUCGGUAUUCCUCUACCAUCUUCUAGCUCUCGCUCGCUCCCUAAAACCUUAUCCUCUUUCUCUUCCCUCCGUCCCCGUGUCGCCUUAUUGUCAAACCACUCCCGGUAUUACCCCUCUCGCCGGUUUUCUGUCCGUGCCCAGAGCGAUAACGGAGCAGACUCGGAGCGCCACUACGAUUUUGAUCUCUUCACUAUCGGCGCCGGAAGCGGCGGCGUCCGCGCCUCUCGCUUCGCCACGAGCUUCGGCGCAUCCGCCGCCGUCUGCGAGCUCCCUUUUUCCACCAUCUCUUCCGAGACAGCCGGAGGCGUCGGAGGAACGUGUGUACUUAGAGGAUGUGUCCCAAAGAAGUUACUUGUGUACGCAUCUAAAUACUCUCAUGAGUUUGAAGACAGUCACGGAUUUGGUUGGAAGUAUGAUACUGAGCCUUCACAUGAUUGGAGUACAUUGAUCGCCAACAAGAACGCUGAGUUGCAGCGGCUUACUGGUAUUUAUAAGAACAUACUGAACAAUGCUAAUGUCAAGUUGAUCGAAGGUCGUGGAAAGAUUAUAGACCCACACACUGUUGAUGUAGAUGGGAAAAUCUAUACUUCGAGAAAUAUUCUGAUUGCAGUUGGUGGACGUCCUUUUAUACCUGACAUUCCAGGGAGAGAGUUUGCCAUAGAUUCAGAUGCAGCACUUGAUUUGCCUUCUAAGCCCAAGAGAAUUGCAAUAGUUGGUGGUGGCUACAUAGCCCUCGAGUUUGCUGGCAUCUUUAAUGGUCUUAACAGUGAAGUUCAUGUAUUUAUAAGGCAAAAGAAGGUGCUGAGGGGAUUUGAUGAAGACGUGAGGGAUUUUGUUGGAGAGCAGAUGUCUUUAAGAGGCAUUGAGUUUCACACAGAAGAAUCCCCUGAAGCCAUCAUCAAAUCUGGAGAUGGCUCGUUGUCUCUGAAGACAAGCAAGGGAACUGUUGAGGGGUUUUCGCAUGUUAUGUUUGCAACUGGUCGCAAGCCCAACACAAAGAACUUAGGGUUGGAGAAUGCUGGCGUAAAGCUGGCGAAAAAUGGAGCAAUAGAGGUUGAUGAAUUUUCACGGACAUCCGUACCUUCUAUCUGGGCUGUUGGGGAUGUCACUGACCGGAUCAAUUUGACUCCAGUCGCCUUGAUGGAGGGAGUUGCAUUGGCUAAAACCUUGUUUCAAAAAGAGCCAACAAAGCCUGAUUACAGAGCUGUUCCCUGCGCCGUUUUCUCCCAGCCACCUAUCGGAACAGCCAUUGAACAAUAUGGGGACAUCGAUGUUUUCACAUCAAACUUUAAGCCACUAAAAGCUACGCUCUCAGGGCUUCCAGACCGGGUGUUUAUGAAACUCAUUGUCUGUGCAAACACAAACAAAGUUCUCGGUGUUCACAUGUGUGGAGAGGAUUCACCCGAAAUCAUCCAGGGAUUUGGGGUUGCAGUAAAAGCUGGCUUAACUAAGGCAGACUUUGAUGCUACAGUGGGUGUUCACCCCACAGCGGCUGAGGAGUUUGUCACUAUGAGAACUCCAACCAGGAAAAUCCGCAAAGACUCCUCUGAGGGAAAGGCAAGUCCUGAGGCUAAAACAGCUGCAGUAUAGAGAAGGUUUCAGUAAGAUUGGAUUUACGCUAUUGGAGCUCCCUGACAAGGAGAACAAUAUCCGUGAAGAAGAAGAAGAAGCUUUUUUUGGAUCGAGAGUGAUUGAGUUUUUAGGCAACGUUUUUAUUUAUGUCGCGUGGAGAUUGUCAUAAGUCAUAACCGUCGUGCAAUACUGUUGAUCGUUCAACCUACACGACCAGAUUCUCAGGAGAGGUUAUAACUAUUCGGAAAGUGAUUUUGGCAAGAGCUCUAAAAACUGAAGAUUUUCAAUUCUUGUGCCAUCGUAAUGAUGGCUUGGUUGUAUAGAUACAAGGCUCUCCCAGUCUCUCAUUAUCCUGGCUGAAUAAAAAUUAGACAAUUUCGUUCGUAUGUCGAGAGUGAUUGAGUUUUAGCCAACGUUUUUGUUUUUCAAAUUUCGCUAAACUCAGACGACUGAGUUUGAAAGAGCCCCUAAAACUGAGAUUUCGGUUCUUGUGGCAUUGGCUGUAAUACUAGUACAAGGCUGAAAUCUCAUUAUCCUAGUUGAGUAAAAAUAAACGAUUUCAAGCAUUUUCUGGUCUUCUUGUUA